AAGUAAAGGUGGAUUCGUUGUGGGAAGGGCGAUAAACUAGUGCAAGGUGAAGGAGGUCUGUUCAUCUGUUUUCUUCCUCUCGGUCACUUUAAUCUGGUUCUUCGGUCUGUCAGAUUAAACUGGAGUCGUCCAGGAGGAUGAGGAUAACCGUGCUGCUUGUCUCCCUCCUGCUCGUUUCCCAGUAUGCCUCAGGAGUCGAGGUGUAUGAGGGGGAGGAGUCUGUCCUUCUGCUCUGCCAGCUUCCUGUUCCAUCUGAAGAGGGUGUAGUUGUGUGGGGACGCGAUGACCUGAAUCCUUCAAUCAUCCAUGUUCGCACAGAGGAAGGUGAUUAUCUUACAGAGCAAAAUAAACAAUACAUCGACCGAACAUCCAUUCAGAAGGACGCCCUGAAGACCGGAGACCUCAGCCUCACUCUGAGAAAACCUACAUUCUCUGACAGCGGAAUCUACACCUGCAGCGUACGCAAGCUUGGACAAAAACAGAACCAGACUGAAGUGCAACUAAAGGUCAAAGAGCGUCCUCCUCCUCCUCCAAUCUGGCCCAAAGUUCUCCCAGCAGUCCUGGUUCCGGUGCUUCUCCUGGCUAUUGGCAUUAGUGUUUUCAUGUGUCUUGUAUAUCAAAGGAUGAAGAAAACAGCAGUCUGCCAGCUCAAAGUUGUUGAUGUGACAGAGGGGGCAGAGUCUGUCCUGCUACCCUUCAUAUCCAAAAAACUGAAGAAUACGGAGACCACCAAAGUGGAGUGGAAACAUAUCCAAGAAGACGAAAUGAAGGUCGUGUAUGAGAAGGAUCGGAAAAGUCGAGACGCAACUCACACAGGCCGCACAGAGAUGAGGAAAGAUCCAUGGAACACAGGAAACGCCAGCCUAACUUUGUCAAGACCUCGCUCUGAAGAUGGAGGUGUUUACAUAUGCACCAUGUAUGACACGAAUGGAAAGGCCCUGAAACAGAAAGUAGUGGCACUCUGGGUCAAAGAGGGCUGGCUGAAAACCAUCAGAAGCUUCUUCCCGUGUGCCAGACAGAACAAUUAUGUCAUCUGAAUCAAAAGGCAAAGGUGAAUCUGUUCACUAUGCAGUCAAUGUGAUUUAUCUCCUGACAAAGCUUUUCCAAAUGAAAUUCACAGGAAUGAGUGUCAUUACCAAAUGAAAAGUCACAUUGACAAAUAUGUGUGUUUGUGAGCUCUCAAAUGUCUGUUUCAGUCAGUUUGAACACUUGACACAUGCACUCAGCACAACCUGAACUAAUAUUCAGAUCGUCUGUGCACACUUUAAACUAAAGUUCUGCAUAGAGAGGUGAGAGCAGUAAAGUGUUUUUUUAGAACAUUUUUAAAUACAUUUAAGAUUUAUUUCAUUUAUUUGGGAAUAAAAUAGAAAAAUUCUAAAAAUGUUAGCUAUCUAACAUUGACAAAGGUAAACAGUUACUUUGAUGACAGAUGUCUGUACUAACUAAUACUGUAGUGUUUAACUAUUUUAACUUUGAUUUCGAUUUACUGAAGGUUACCUGUGGGGUUCAACAGGGUUCAGUGCUGGACCCCAAACAGUUUAUACUGGACAUGCAUGAAUUGUAUCUAAAUUACUAAAACUUUAUUUGCUGUAAUGUAUCAUCAGUUAUAGUCAUUUAUUUUUCUCUGGGAAAAGUUUAGAACAGUGCCUGAAUGCAGUGGAAAAAAAUGUUGCGACAGAUACAUCACCACUAAAUUACAGCAAAAUAAAAUGUAUAAUAAUUAGUAACUAGUAAGUAGUAGCUGUUAUAAAUUAUUACGAGUGUGUACCACUAUGUAAGUUUUAAAAACAUGGUGCUAAAAAAUAUGAAAGUGAAUCAAGACUUUCAUUGUUCAUAAAAAAGUAUAUUUUUUUGUGUGUUUAUUUCUGUAUGUUUGUUGUUAUUUAUUCUUUCAAAAUUAUUUUACUUUUUUUGUUAUGUUUUCCUUUGGUCUUAGUUUCGUUUAUUUAGGAUAUACUGCAUGUAAAAAGUGUAGUUGGAACAUGCUGUAGCUUCAGCCUUCAACUUUAAGACUAAAAUCUCCAAUUCAUUUUUUGUCAUUUAUUUAUUGGUAUAGCAUCUCUUGGUUGUUUUUGUUAGUUAGGGUACUCUUUGUAUAACAGAUGUUUGAAGCUGUUCUGGAGUUUCAGAGCUGUUGUAGAUCAUACAUAAAAUAUGCGUGUGUGUGUUCAGACUGUUUGUCAAUGGCGAGACUCUCAGGGAAACAUACAAAUUGGACUCUGCUUUCUAUAGAGAGUCCAAUUUGUAUGUCCAAUUUGUGCAACUCCUGAAACUCAGGACUGAGCCUGCAAAACAUUGAAUUUGAAACCAGGGUUGUACCUUUAUCUGUUGUCAGGUACAAUGCAGUGCUCUCUGCCGAUGCUCGUGCACAUAAGGUCUUGGUGUGGAUUUUAUUGUCAUUCCUUGAAAAGAGAACUGGUAGAGUUCCUUCUUUCAUUUUUCAGCAGUCACAACAAAGUAACUAAAAGUGCCUGUUACAAGUAUUUUUUGUAGAGCAGAAGUUGUCCCUGUUGAUUCUGAUUAUUUGUGCCAUAACAGUGGUAUAAACAGGAAAUUAUUGAAACCAACUGUGAAUUCAAUGAGAUGAACUGUUACAGAAAAAAACAAUAACAAUGUAAUGUUUACUUUAUCUCAUCUCUCUUUAAUCCUAAGUCUGCUCAUCCUCACUUACUAGCUAGCUUUUUUUGUUUAACAUUUGCUAUCAGCUGUGGCAUGAUACUUAAACUGAAACAGGAACGUGUAUCCCAGACACUGACAGAUCCCAUCUUGUGCACAGUGUAUUCCAUUUUUAAUGGAAUAUCUUUUGAGGACAACCAAACUCUAUUACCAGAGUCAUAGGUACAGGCCAUGGUCCUAAGGUGAUGUUUGCUUUGGUCUGCAGUCCUGAGUAGAGCUAUUCAAGUAUCAACACUACCAUAGACCAGUGUCAAUGGUAGUGUUGAAGAAGAUGCUGCACUUGGGAAUCCCAUUUACAAGUUAAACUCUGAUUAGUUUAGAGAGUGAUUGAAAAAAGGCACAAGAAUAUAGAAUUUUACAAAAAACUGUGAAAACCCCACUCCUGUCCUUGCAUCAGAUGCAUCUAGUUCUUCAUUAAAUUCACAUGGGCUCUUGUUGACCUUUAAGUAAAAAUUUGUAACACAACACUGCAUAAGUGCUUGCAGUAGUGGCGUCGGAACCGCGACCAGGACCUUGAAUUUUCAUGCAACGUGCAUGGUGUGUAUUGUGCUCUUAUUGGUUUUCAGCUAAUAGCUCCUUGAGAAUAACAUUUUAGGUGCAAAAAAUAUUUUAUGUCAGUCCAGUUGUAUUGUUAGUUUUUGUAAUAUAGAUUCAGAAAUGGGAACAAAUUGUGUACUUUUGCAACAUGCUGCCAUUGUAGUAAAGUGCCUAAAGAUACAGAUUUGCUAAGUUGAUUCACAGGUCAGUGUUAAGUGGUUUAACGAACAAACAAAAAACAUAAUUCUGAAAGCAGUCAGGUAAAAUAACUGGAUUGAAAGUGUACGGAAAUGCCAAUAUAAGGCCAUGCAUUCAUUUCCAAGGCAAUGAAAGAGCUUCACAGAGCCUAGAGAACUAUUGCUUCAAACUACUUUAUAAAACUGUACGACAGUCUUUCUCCUGGGUAGCAAAAUAUGAUGAAAUAAGUGUGAUUUAAGACUCUUGCACAAUGUUUAUUUACAACAAUCUCGAUAUACUCUUUUAAUACAGAAUAUCCUCAACUGUACAAGUUAUCUUUUGUAUGAAAUGUUCUGAUUGUACUCUGUGACCAUAGUGGGUAGAUCAUUUCUGUUUGUACUUAUUCUUGGUUAAAAGCCUUUCUGACUCUGUAUUACUCUGUAUUGAUUGACCCCUUUGCAAAGGAGAAUAAAACCUCACAAAGACAA